CGACUAUUUUGUGAUACUAACUAUUUUGGUAAACUGUGUAUUUCUGACACUAAGCAAGUCACUAGAAGCAGCCGAGUACGUGUUUCUAGGUAUCUAUACGUUUGAGAUGGUGAUAAAGGUGAUAGCUCGAGGCUUCAUAGUGAAUAGGCAUACCUACCUACGUGAGGCAUGGAACUGGUUAGAUUUCAUUGUUAUUGUAUUAGGCUACUCGACGUUCCUAUUGCAGCAUUUCGGCGUCGAGGUGGGCAACAUCGCCGGCAUUCGAACAUUUCGAGUUCUCAGGGCGUUGAAAACAGUAUCGAUAGUGCCUGGUCUGAAGACGAUCGUCAACGCGCUGCUGCACUCACUGCGCAUGCUCGGCGAGGUGAUGGCGCUCACCAUCUUCUGCAUGAUGAUAUUCGCUCUGUUCGCACUGCAAGUCUACAUCGGCGUGUUGCGACAGAAAUGCGUCGCCGACGCGCCGGACUACGUCGCCAACAGCAGCGACUUCAACUACACCGACUGGACGCAGAACGAGGAGAAUUGGUACUACGCCGACCAUAGUCCGAUCGUCUGCGGUAACACGUCCAUGAGCAGGCCGUGCCCGACCAAUUACACCUGUCUGCCUCACAUCGGCGAGAAUCCGAACUUUGGCUUCACGAGCUUCGAUGACUUCGGAUGGGCGAUGCUCACCUCGUUCCAGCUUAUCACACUCGACUUUUGGGAGGACGUUUACAACAAGAUCAUCGAGGCAAUGGGUCCAGCGAACAUCUUCUUCUUCAUCUUCGUCAUCUUCUUCGGUUCGUUCUUCCUCGUCAAUCUCAUGCUGGCAGUCGUCGCCAUGUCGUACGAGGAGGCAGCCGAGGAAGUGGAGAGACAACACGAUAAAGGCACCAAGCUAGUACUGAAGACAAAGUCGACCGUGUUCGAAUUUCCCGAUGCCAAGCAAAUGCGAAUAAAGAUUCGCAAGUUGAAGAAAACCAGCUUCGGAGUGAAACGGAAGGACGUGCUGCACCGGAAACGCAGCCCCGACGACGACGACGGAUCCUUCACAACGUCGCAGAGAGGGGGUUCGGAUGGCACGGGAAUCGGUGGUUACUACACGCCCAGUUCACAGACGCCGGAGACGACGCCGCGUACAGAUAACCUCGCCGCGUCACCGUCGGAGCUACCGCCAGCAGGAUCGCCCGACAACGACGGGGAGGGCGCUAAUGGCAUCCGAAUGGUGAUUACUCCUCCACCCAACGACGACGAGGCGUCGGCCUCAUAUAGCCUGUCGCCGUCCGCCAGCGACUACGCGGAAUCGACCGCCGGACGGAGCAGCUAUUCGCCCGACUCGCCGGAUAGACACAACAGCAACAACAACAUGGGCACGGACGUCGACGACGAUGACGACACCUACGCGGGGCUCUUCCAGCGACUGAAGCAUCGCGGGAAGUUGCAGCGGAACCGGCGCGUCGCCGACGACGACAUGGACGACGUCGACAUCAACUGCGUCGAGCUGCACCCGAGGGCCGUCGGCCAUGCGGAGCUGUCGCCGCCCUGCAGCACGAACAGCGUCGGCAGCGACGACCGCCUACUCGACGACUUCGACGUACAGUACCGCUACAGCCCGCCGACGAGCCCGCGCCGCGGCAGCACCGUCAGCGGCGACGACGUCGGUCUCGAUGAUUACAUAGACACGAAUCGCUGGCCGAACCGGGGCAGUAACGGCAUCAGCAGCGUCGCCGCCGACGCCGACCGAUACCCUCGCAUCGCCGACAGACCGGCGAUCGAGACGACGAUGCUAGGUGGCGCCACUAGACCGGAGUACGCGCCGCGCGCUUACCUGAGCUCGCGCCAGCGCAGGAGCUUUCCGACGCCCGACGAGAUGCUCAACACGUGCGGACUGCCGGAGCGCGGAAACAGCCUCAUCAACCUGUCGCCGUGGAAGACGCUCAUCGAGGCGAAGAUACAGAGCAUCCGCGGCGAAGACGCGCCCUUCAAAUUCCUACGCCCUCUAUCGGAGAAACUCGGAAUCGGCGGCGACCCGGAGGCGGCCGGCGCGGCGGGCCGUCCGCCGGAAGCGCGGCCGGAACCCGUCAGUCCGCUAACGAACGCCGUGCCGAGCCGGGUGCCGACGUUCCCGCGUAACCGACGCGUGACCUUUGGUCCCGCGGAGAGUCUGAGUUUCCGGAAUCCGACCCCGGAACCGGGUAAUCGGGCGGCGCGCGGUCCGCUGGCGGAGGCCGGCGAUGGCAGAAGCUACCUCUGGCCGGUGGAUGACAACAACAAGAACAACAACAUGGGAGAGGAGACGGGAGCGCUGAAGAUCAACGGUCCGCGAGAGGAGCCCGAAGGACAGGAGAGCAACACGAAUAACAAGUUCAUAUCGCAGGAGGACGAGCUGUACACGCAGAAUAACGCCGCCGUGAACAAGGACGGCGACGACGACGACGGCGGCGGGGAUGCGUCGCCCAAGACGAACAGCGAUCCGAACGCGCGGAACUGUGCCUGCUUCCGGCGUCUGUGUUGCUGCUACACGCCCUGGCUGCGCUUCCAGCAAUGGCUAUUUACCAUCGUCACCGAUCCCCUGUUCGAUCUCUUCAUAACGCUAUGCAUCGUCCUAAACACCGCCUUCCUGGCGGUCGAGCACCACGGCAUGACGGACCGCACGCGCCACACACUAGAGAUCGGCAAUUAUGUGCCAAUGUUGCAAGGUCUGCGCUGGCUCGUCAUGGGCCAGCCGUUGUUGCUGCUGAUGAUGAUGUGCCAAUGUUUCAAGGCCUUCGCUGACUCGUCGUGGGCCCGCCAUUGGUUCAGCUUGCGCGUCUUCAUGUACAGAAUCGUCGACCACAAGAUCUUUGAAGGCCUCGUACUGUUUGUGAUAUUCGCCAGCAGUUUAACACUGGUGUUUGAGGAUGUCUACUUGGAUGAGAAACCGGUUAUGAAGGAAGCACUGUUCUACUUGAACAUUACCUUCCUGGUGCUGUUCGUCGUCGAAAUGCUGAUGAAGUGGAUAGCAUAUGGUUUCCACGUGUACUUCACGAACUUCUGGUGCAUCCUGGACUGCUUCAUCGUCGUCGUCUCGCUCAUGAGCACGAUCAUGGAGACUCAUGAUUCAGGUAACUCGGACCUGAUGGCCUUCCGAUCCCUCCGUACGCUGAGAGCACUCCGUCCACUUAGAGCCAUCUCGCGCUGGGAAGGCAUGAAGUUUCGAAAACCUGUCUAG